GGACUUGUCCACACACGCCUUUAAGCUACGACUGUUGGUCACUUAUGGCACAUUUGGAUACGAAUUGGAAUAUGCGUUCGCACCAUAUGAGGAACAUUCGUGAUUCAUGCGCAUCUCUCCCCAGAUUCUAGUUUCUCUAAACUGAAAUAAACCGACCCUUUCAUCCUCUGUUUCUCUAUCUCUCCUUUCCUCUAUUUAUAGACAAAAGUUUCUACGGUGCUCCGGAGUAUUAAGACUCCGGAGAGACUCUGCCCCUAAAUAUCCAUUACAGCCCGACCCUUUCCUCUCAGGUUUACCAAUCCGCCACAUCUUCCAGUGGUACAAUUACAAGCAAUACAUUGGCUCGCCUUCAGCACACCUCUUCCAGCUGUUGCCAGCAAAUUUUUGCUGGCAAUAAAGUCACUUUGGCUUACUUUUGAAAAAUUUAUGAGUCCCCAGAGUACAUUGAAUCCUAGUAGAGCCCUAGCGGGCGUGCAUGGGGUACAUAUUGUGCCUUCUUCACGGUUCGAAUCAGAAGAGACUACUCAAGAUGGGGACUUUGCUCACUCAACUUGUACAAGUUUGGCUAUUGGAACAAGUUUGUCUAUGCAGCGAGUAUGGCAGCAAGCACCACCAUUUUUGAAGCCUAUCCAGGGUUGCAUUCACGGUGAUCGUGACCUUGCAGAAAGAGCUGUUAAUGUGCUCACUUCACUUCCUUUCAUAGUUCUUGGGAUCCAAGCCCCAAGGAAGAAUCUAAACACCAAGCUAUAUGCUAAUUCAUUAAUUGGAGUUGGUGUUGCCUCAAGUUUAUAUCAUUCUUCUAGAGGAAAACUAAGGAAAUAUUUGAGAUGGGCUGACUAUACAAUGAUAGCUACAGCAACAGUGUGCCUCUCAAGAGCCCUCAGAAAUGAAAACUCAAAAUUCCUCAUGGCAGCUUCUGCGGUAUUUCUCCCUAUCCAGCCUCUGAUGGUUUCAGCUGUUCAUACUGGAAUGAUGGAGGUAGCGUUUGCCAAAAGAGCAUUAAAAGAUCCAGAGCUAAAGAUGGCACAUAAUGUACAUAAGCUGUCGUCAUUACUGGGUGGUGUACUUUUUAUUGCAGAUGAUGUGUUUCCCAAAACUCCAUACCUUCAUGCUGCAUGGCAUCUUGCUGCAGCUGUAGGUGUUGGCACCUGCAAUAAGCUUCUCGAGUAGUUAAUUAUCAAUGUAUUAAUCCAUGCGUUCUAUAGUCAAUCAUUAGUAACCAAAAAACUUGAUUUAGGAAAGAAAAAGAAAAGAUUACCUAGAUGUCUGCAUCGGGAAUCGACUCAUUCCAUAUUCCUAAUCAUGAUUCUUUUGCCUCACAUAUUGCCAUAUUAUUUGUAAAUCCAAUUGAGAAGCAA